AUGGAUCCCACCAACAGUGUCAUGGGGGCAGAAAGAAGUACGCCCAAAAAAAGAAGACACAGAGCUCCCAGGAAGAAGCGGAACAGAAGACCUUCCUUUGCUCCAGCUGGUGAUAACUCUCAUUUCCAGUCGCCGCUCAGUCGAGUCGACACGCAACCAAAUGAAGAGCACGAAGAUACAAAGGAUGCUUCUCUGACAGAGACUCGUCCAUGCCCGUUCUACAACCUUGGAAGGUCUGGCGGGGGAAAUCUCAGUGAGACCAGCCUUGAGAGUGAAGCCUUACUGGAUCACCGACACGAAACCUUGCCAGAGGACGACUUCGCCAUCACAGACGACCGUUCGCCGUUGUUAAAUUCAUCAGCACAGAAUGGCGGUGCUCUCCGGGGUUAUGGAUCUGACUUAAGAUCACCUUUUUCUAUGCCACCAGGUAUGGGCAGCCCAACAUCAAGGCGGUCACCACAAAACAGCUAUACGCCUGAUGCCUUCUUAGCUUCGAGGCAGGGAUACGAUGUCAACAACCCGCCUUCUAUGCCCGGAAGCCCAAAAAUCAUGCCUAAUAAUAUGGGCUAUGACGAAACAGUAAUAACAGGACCUGAGUUCGUUCGCCAACAGUCACCAGAAGCGCUGAGCUGCCACAGUCUACCCAUGGAUGCAGUAGUCAAUGUGGAUACAGACUCGAGAAGGCCAGGAUUACAAUCCAGACAUGGAUCAAUGUCGCGCUCUCCGGCGGACCUACAGCGCCGCCGAACACUUACUCUUCCAGUGGAAGAAGAUGUAUGCUUCCCUGCUAGUGGCCUUUCAGAUCUCGGCGAAGAAGAUCUCCAGUCACAUAUUCCAACCGGUGGAGAUACCCGUGAGCGUAGACGGCGGUCACGGAGAGUAUGGCCCGACCUUUCAGUGUUGGAUGAAUGGAGCCAGCAUGAGAAGGAGGCUCGCAGUGGUGGAACCCGUUCCAAGAGAAUUGAUGAACCAGUGCUCAUCGGGGGGAGACUAAGAACUCGAAAUCUGGCGUGGAAACAAGAUGAAGAAGAGGAAGCACCGUACCGUUUCACUUAUUUUAAUGAAGAUUUUCAAAGCACCUUACACAGCCAGACACUAUCCGAACUUGAACAACCUGGCCAAACUUUCCGAGACCUUUUCAUUCCAGAACCUCCACUACUAGAAGACGAUUCUUCGGAUGAAGAUGAUUCCCCCCCUUAUAGCGGUACAACAAGCCGUGAUAAACACCCAUCUAUAUCUACAAAUGCCAACCACAACACAAACAAUCUUCCAGACCUCCUAUCAGACAACCCGGAUAGCACAUCCCCACAGCCUACCAAUGGCAAUAGCCGAAUUCCUAGCCCUAAGAAAGAGCCGCGAUAUGGACCCCGGCCUACCUUCUGGCUUGAUGUUCUCAGUCCCACUGACAGUGAAAUGAGAAUCAUUGCUAAAGCAUUUGGAAUACACGCCUUGACUGCCGAAGAUAUCAUGAUGCAAGAAGCACGAGAAAAGGUUGAACUGUUCCGGAAUUACUACUUCAUCAAUUACCGUACCUUCGAGCAAGAUGUCAACAGUCCUGAUUUUCUCGAACCCGUGAAUAUGUACGUGGUGGUUUUCCGAGAGGGUCUUCUCAGCUUCCACUUCUCUCGAACUCCUCAUCCAGCAAACGUCCGCCGAAGAAUCCGUCAACUCAAAGAUUACUUAAUCCUGAGCGCCGAUUGGAUAUCAUAUGCUAUCAUUGACGAUAUCACUGACGUUUUCGGCCCUCUCAUCCAUGCUAUUGAGGAAGAAGUCGACGAGAUUGAUGACAAGAUCCUACGCCUACAUUCCGACGACAAGGAAAUAGGUUCUGAUCAAAACAACGAAAAGACUGCUGCUUUAGAAGAAAGUGGCUCUGGAACCAAUAUGCUUCGCCAGGUCGGUGCAUGCCGUAAGAAAGUGAUGGGGCUUUACAGGCUUCUAGGCAACAAGGCAGAUGUUAUCAAAGGGUUUGCAAAACGCUGCAAUGAGUACUGGGAAGUUGCCCCGAAGUCUGAAAUUGGACUCUACCUGGGUGACAUCCAGGAUCAUAUCUUGACUAUGACAAGCAAUUUAACUCAUUACGAAACACUGCUCUCCCGUGCGCAUUCAAAUUAUCUUGCUCAGAUAAACAUCCGAAUGAACGAACGACAAGAACAAACAGCCGAUGUCUUGGGCAAGCUCACAGUACUCGGCACCAUUGUCCUUCCAAUGAACAUAAUCUGCGGCAUGUGGGGGAUGAACGUCAAGGUUCCUGGACAGGACGUUGAAAGCCUCAACUGGUUUUGGUCAAGUAUGUUUCCAGAGCAUCUGAUUUUAGUCCACCAAUCACCCAUAGGUGCUGGCUGCUAA